AUGUCUUUACAAAGCGAAAACGAGGCUCAAACUUCUUUAAUGGAAGAAAUGAAAGAAAUGGAAGAAAUGGAAGAAUUGAAAGAAUUGAAAGAAAUGGAAGAAUUGAAAGAAAUGGAAGAAUUGAAAGAAAUGGAAGAAUUGAAAGAAAUGGAAGAAAUUAAAGAAAUAGAAGAAAUUAAAGAAAUUAAAGAAAUGGAGGAAAUGAAGGAAAUGGAAGAAAUGGAAGAUAUCGAGGAUACCGAAAAAAACGCUAAGGAAGAACUGGAAGCUGAUUUUUGGAGGAAUCCUUCCCGUACUAUUUUGCAAGCAAGUCAAGAUUUUAUACCGGAUACAUCGGAACUUUUGCGUUUUUUUUAUACAAAACUUUUUCCAUAUAAAAUUUAUGCGGAAUGGUUAAAUUAUAGUAAAGCAGUAAUUCGACAUUUAUCAUUCAAUAAUUCAGAUGAAUUAAAAGCAGAAAUUAUUAAGCAAUGUCCAUUAAAAAUUGAUGUGGGAGCAGUUUAUUCAGCGAAACCAAAAGAUAAAAGAUCUUUACGACCAUCCGCAUUUAAACCUGUUGAAAAAGAAUUAGUUUUUGAUAUUGAUAUGACAGAUUAUGAUGAUAUUCGUACAUGCUGCAAAGGUGGAGAUAUUUGUCUUAAAUGUUGGCAAUUUAUGACUGUCGCUAUAAAGAUACUUGAUGAUUUUGGAUUUAAACAUUUACUUUGGAUAUAUUCUGGUCGACGUGGAGUUCAUUGUUGGAUUUGUGAUGAACGUGCUCGUAAAUUGAAUAAUGAUGAAAGGAAAGCAAUUGUAGCGUAUCUGGAAGUUAUAAAGGGUGGUUCCCAACAACAUAAAAAAGUUUAUUUAUAUAAGAAUAUGCAUUCAUCAUUAAAACGAUCUUUGGAAAUUAUUGAGAAUUAUUUUGAACAGAUAAUUUUGGAAGAUCAAGAUGUGCUUAAUGAUGAACAAAAUUGGACAAAAGUUUUAAAUUGUAUUCCAGAUGAAGGUUUAAGGAAAGAAUUAAAUAGGAAAUGGUUACGGUUACCAUCAAAACCUUCUAUUGAUAAAUGGCAUGAUUUGGAAUAUGAAAUUUCAAUUUCACUUAAAAAUAAGAAGAAUCAAUGGAGAUUAGAUCAAUGUAUAUCGGAAAUCAAGUUUCAAUACCUUUACCCAAGAUUAGAUGAUAAAGUGACAACACAAAUAAAUCACUUGUUAAAAAGUCCAUUCUGCGUUCAUCCGAAAACUGAAAGAGUCUGUGUACCAAUAUCACCAGACAAUUGUGAAAAUUUCGACCCAUUAAAAGUACCCACACUUACUACUUUAUACCGUCAAUUGAAUGAAACCAAUAAUACCACCAAUGAUAAAAGUGGAAUGAAAAGAAUUCAUCAUG